AAAAAAGAAAAAACAGUUCCCGGAACUCCUGGACUACUUCGGAGUUCAGAGCCCUUCGACGGGCGACUCACUCUUAAUUAUGAAAUAGUCUAUCCUUGAAAUAGGAGAAAAGAGGAACAUUUCGGGGUCGGCCGUCGGCUCCUGGCCGGAUUUUGCGCAAAAGGCUCGCCGAGAUUUAAAAAAAAAAAAAAAAAAGCGGGGCGACACUUGACAACAAACACGUCGUUGUCUGCCUACUGCCAGUUAUCAUCACAACGGUCAUGGCAUCACACGGCACAGGGCUGAAGGUGCCGACGCGGCCAGCGCCAGGGCUCCCGAAUAACAGGAAAUCAGGAAGGAACUUGGAGACCGAGGAGUGCGUGGACCCAUUUAGCCCAGUCAAGCAGAAAACGAGCGCAAAAUCUGACAAGAAAGUCCCACCACCUCGUCCUCCGCCGCCGAAACUUCAACAACAAAUCCAGACAAGUAGGAGUAUUUUUGGCACAAGUAAAAAGAAACAACAGAAAGUCGCAGCAACUGCAGUAGUCAAGCCGAUGCCGCCACCUCCUGUAACAAUACCGACUGGAACUCUAAUAGAUUUGCAGUCACCACCAAGUAGCCCGUUGUUUGAAAAUAAAUUGAAAAACAGUCUUUCUUUUAGUAAAAACACAAUCACAAAAACGUCACAACCGGAAAGUGGUUUUGAAGAUGAUUUCAACUCUCUCAUAUCAUCAUCGGCGACCAGCCCAAGCAACGAUCCGUGGUCGAACAGUUCGGACUUAUCUCCAUCACCAACUAACUUCCAGAAUCAGCUGAAGCCAAAAUCCAAGCCAAUCAAUAUGUCCAAACCAACCAUAAUUUGUGUUCUGACGGACAAAGGCAAACCGAUGAGGCCACCUCCGCCUAAGGCUUGCUUCGGUUCGAGGGAAGAUUUAAAAAUAUACACAGAGAAAGAAGGCUCUCCACCUAUGCCGUCAUGCCCUCCGCCGCCACCGCCUCCAGAAGUCCUUGGAGUGCUUCUCAACGGUCCCAAAGUCCCACCAAGGCCCUCUGGAACAAGUGCAAUCAAGGACGAGGAGCCAUAUUGUGUAGCUUUAUAUGACUUUGCAUCAACCCAUCCUGAUGAUUUACCAUUUAAAGCAGGAGACAAGAUAGUUUUGACGGAGCAGGUAAGCGAGGAAUGGCUCAAGGGCAAGCUUGAUGGCAAAGAGGGCAUCUUCCCCAAGAGCUAUGUUGACGUGAUCGUCCCAGUUGACAAUUACACAAAAGGAAAAAUGAAAGUCAUAGCCGUAUUUCCAUUCAAGGCAGAAACGUGGGAUGACCUAGAGUUGAAUGAAGGGGAUAAAGUGGAUGUUAUAAAAUGGAUCAAUGAUGACUGGCUGUACGGUGAGUCCGAAGGAAAGAGGGGACAGUUUCCAUUCUGUUUCGUACAAGACAUAACUGAUUUUGAAGAUUGAUGGUUUCCUUUCAAUCUAUACUCUUUUAAAUUUGUGAUUAAGCAGUAAGCACGUCUUUCUGUUCAAAGCCAAUGGCCUGUCCAACGAAUACGCACUAUUUACCUCUUUAUUUAUAUAUUCUUUUUUUUUUUUAAAUAAGGCUAACCAAAAUUUUGCAAUAAAUAAAUAACAAUGUACUUAAGAGGACCAAUUUUUGUAAAUAAAAAGCUUUAAUUAUUACAUAAACUCAAUGCUAUUGUUUGUUUUUUUUCUAUAUGUAUGUGAUAACAUUUUUCUUGCUUUUCAAUAUGAAAAGUGAAUUGUGUAUUAGUAAAAACAACAUUCAAAACCACUGGAUGGAAGAUCUAUUUUUUAUACUAAGCAUGUGUGAUGUGUGGAAAUUUGAAAUAAAACAUUUUGUAAUUAAUAAAUAUAUGUAUAUGCAAUUUAAGGGAAAAAAGUACUGCGUUCUUAGUUUGUAUUUUUGUAAGCAGAAGAAAUGCCCUAUUUAAUAGUUUUGCAUUAUUGUUUUUCAUUUAUAUAAUAAAUGUAUUGUUAUCAUGUAUUCUAAAAAUCAAAAUCUGUAUAUUUGUUACCAUUAUAUUUGAUAUUAAUAUUUUA